UCGAAAUUGACAGUUCAUGGCUGCUGGAAACCUUUUUUUCGAUCAACGUAAACAAAUUAAUCUAAAUAUUUCCCUAAAAUAAGCCCAAAAUCAUAAAUUUCCAAAGCAUAAACUUACUACAAACUAAAUUUAUCCCGUCCUGCUUCAAGAGAGUGCUUAAAAUUGCAUGUAAAAUAUUUCACAACUUCCGUCCAAAUCAUUGUAUGGGGGUGGCAAAAAGUCGUCACUUCAUUCAAGUGCUUACCAAUGGAUGUCUGGAUAAAAGCUGAGCCAGAAGCCCAUCAUAUGAUCGGGUUAACCAACGGCAACGGCAGCAGCAUCAGCAACAUCAAUGGGGCUAUGCAAUAUGCUCCGUAUGAAAAUUUCACACACUAUCCUCCGAUGCCUCCAAAUCCGAAUGCACUCGCAAUCGAACCGCCUGUAUUUCAAUAUCCUCCGAAUGGUUACGAUCAUCAUCAACAUCAACAUCAUCACCAUCAACACAAUAUUAUUUCUCCUCAUCAUUCUCAACAUCCACCUCAACAUCCUUCUCAACAUCCUCCUCAACAUCCUUCUCACUCGCAACAGCAAUAUUAUCAUCAACCGUCUUCAGCUCCAGGUCCAGGUGAAAUUGCCCAUCAUCACCACAGUAGCACCUUCGAACAAUCCAACCCCUACGAAGAGUUAGAUCCAAACCAAAAAUAUGAAUACCACGAACCCGAUGAGAACUUCAUAUCAAUUGAUGACGCAAAAGUUCGUUCGUUUUUGGUCGACUUGGUACAAAAAGAAACAAAGAAAAAACAGGAGAAAGAGGAACUCGAAGCCCAACGGAAAUUGGAACCGAAAGAGGAAGCCGACGACGAAGUCAAAUUACUUCAACAACAGCAACAGCACCAGCAGCAAAGUAAUAGCAACAGUGGUGAUGUUAUGAACGAAAGCGAUGAGAGUACAAUUCAAGAAGUUGACUACGACGAGGAUGGUGAGAUGGUUCUUCUGGACUCAGACGUCGAUUAUAUCGACGAAAACGAGGAGGGUAUUGAGCUAAAUUGGAUCGACUUGGAACAGAAGGCACAGAAACAGUCGAUCGAGUGUUUCCUCUGCGGAAAGAGCGUAGCUUCCAGUUAUAAUCUUCGAAGACACAUGAUGAUCCACACAGGUGAACGUCCUUUCGGCUGUGACAUGUGUUAUAAGCGUUUCCGAGAAUUCAGUGACCUGAAAAAACAUCGUCGAAUUCAUUCAACUCAAAUGAAUUUCAAAUGCAUGGUUUGUCGUGUCAACGAUCCCUCAACCUACGAUCCAACCAAAUGUGUUGCUUGCGACAAAAGUGGUUCAGGUGAUGGUAUCCAAGAUAUGGCUGAUCUUUUGCUGGAUAGUGUACCAAAUCGAAUAUCACCAUUAUCAGGAGGUGGCACCAAAAAGGAAUUCCAAUGUCCAAUGUGUAGUCGAAUUUUCGGCACCCGGCAUAAUCUAAAACGUCAUUUUAUGAUUCACACCGGCGAAAAACCAUUCAGCUGCACUAUUUGCCAAAAACCUUUUCGCGAAGUGUCCACGCUCAAGAAGCACAUGCACACCCACAAUCGGGUGAAAGUGUACAAGUGCAGUUCGUGUCGUGAGAAAUUCACUGACUACGAUUCAUUUUUGGAGCACAAGGACACCCAUCAUCCAAAAAGAAAUUCACCCAACAAACGGAUGAGAGGCUUAAAAGGACACGAAAUGCAAAUCAAGAGGCGACGUAGUGAUACCGAAUCAGCGCUAGCCGAUGACGAUGAGGAAUUCGAGUGUCCCGAAUGUGGGGAGAAAUCAACUUCCAUUGAACUCUAUGCCGAUCAUAUCAAGCAGCAUGAUUCAUCUGUGGAGUUUCAGUGUUAUAUUUGUAAGCAAAUGUUUGAGUCUAGAGACUUGCUGGUAGCCCAUUUCUCCAUUCACGAUGUCGACGAUGAGUCGAGUGCAGAUGCAUAGACAAAAAAAAAAGCAACAACACAAUUUAGGCACACAUUCCAUUUUACAAGCACGAGCAAAUGUACUUAUUUCACAUUCCAUAAAUGAGGUGUUUUAUUUUUUGGAAAGAAAUGUGCUGAACAAAAGAAAAUAAUACAAAAUUGGUAAAUUAAAAAUUUAUAUUAUACGAUUUAGAAUUUUAUUAAAUUUUAUUUAGAUUAAUGUUGUAUCCUUAAACAAAAAAAAACUGUUUUGGUUUUGUAGUCUUUUCCUUUUUCAUAGAUAAUUGUAUGUGUAAAAGCUGGGAGAUUCAAUCUUAGGAGCUAAUUUAUAUUAAGACAUUGUGAUUUGAAUUGUUGAUCAAAAUAGUUUUUAACAUCUUUUAAAACAUGAUUGGUUUUAAUUUUAUUUUAUUUUACAGUAGACAAACAGAGUAUAACACUAUGAUUUAAUUUUUGUUAAAGAUAAAAUAUUUUUUAAUUCAUUUUUAACUUACUUUUAGUACAGAUGCACACAAAAAUAUGCACUGGUGGUUGUCAUUGUUCAAGCUUCUUAUUUCGAUAAGCAAAAGCUUUAAAAAACAAAGUUAUUUUUAGAAUUUUCUUCGAUUUGAAAGCAACCACAUAACACAUCACUUUAUUUUUUUAAAUAUGAUAAGAUUGCAAACGCGAGCUAGAAAAAUUAACAGCAAUAGAAAAAGUUCUAAAUUUCCAUUCCAAGUUUUUGGACCUCGGUGCUGACACAAUUCAGAUCUUCCAAAUCAAUAAACCAAUGAGCCAACUAUGAGAACAAAAAAAUAACAAAAUACGCAUAUUAAUGAACAAACACACGAAUUUUAUAUGAUUUAUUGAAAAUUGAGGAAAAUUUAAUUUUAUUAAAGAUUUAUUAUGCAUAUUGAUUUAAUUUAGUACAAUCUUUUCAUUUAUUUUAUGAUUACGUGAUCGAAUCACGUUGUUUUAAAUAUUUUAAAUAAUUAAAUAUUUGUUAUUGUUAAUUUUGUACAUUACCUACCUUCAUAUUUUAUAAAAGAUUAAACAAAAUUUAUAAUAGUUUUUUUCCAUGCUUUUGCACUUAAAAAAAAAAAAACAUCAAACUUAUCACAGCUAUGGUUUUGAAAAAAAAGAAAAUGAAAAAAUAUUAAAUGUCUUAGG